UACAGCUGUCAAAUGUGCGGCAAAAAAAGAAUAACGAGAACAACGUGCACAGUUGUUUAAUAAUAUUAUUGUCGCAUGCUGGAAUAACGUGGUAUAAUAAUUUCUAAUCAAAUUCUUGGUUCAAAUAUAGGAGCAAUUGUAAAGAAUGAGACGUUUAUCGGAGGAGAAAACGAAGAUUCUUUUCGAAAAACUAUCGAAAUACAUUGGUUCGAAUGUAAAACUUCUGAUUGACCGUGCUGAUGGAACGUACUGCUUCCGGGAGAUGAAUUCACGGGUGUACUACAUGUCGGAAAAAAUACUAAAACUGGCGGAAUGUCUGAAACAGAAUGAACUGAUCUCGGUGGGGACGUGCUUCGGGAAGUUCACAAAGGGUAACAAAUUUAUUCUGCACAUCACGGCGUUAAAUUUCCUCGCACCGUACGCCCAGUACAAGAUUUGGGUUAAGCCGUCGGCAGAACAGCAGUUCCUGUACGGUAAUCACAUUACGAAGUCCGGGCUCGGGCGAAUCACAGAGAACACACCCAUGUACCAGGGGGUAAUCGUAAUGUCCAUGAACGACACACCGCUCGGGUUCGGUGUGGCAGCAAAAUCGACAGCUGAUUGUAAGCUCGCGGACCCGCUGGUGACGGUUUGCUUCCAUCAAGCGGAUGUCGGGGAGUACAUUCGAUCGGAGGAUACUUUAAUAUAGUUGUUGGUAAAUGAUUCUAAUUGUAAGAACACUAUUCUUUUUGUAAUUACAGAUAAUGUAUAAUAAGCGCUUUUCCACUA